CAUUUGCUCAAUGCACGUGGCGACGUCUUGAUCGGCUCCUUCCCUCAUUACCGUCUCAUAUUAAAUGCGUAGCUGCGUAGAUGCUAGACAGUGGCUUGUCACGAAACCUCUAUAACCUAUUCACUGUUGUCAGAGAGCAUGCUUUGUCUAUGCGCGCUCAACAUAAGUUACAAGGCUUACAUGCGAGUCUCCUGGGUUGCACAAUUGGGGGAGCAGGGCACAUCAAGCUCCGUCCCUAUGUUAGUUCAUCAUUGGUCUCUGCUUUUCGACCUCUUGAGUUAUCUGGCAACAAGGCAACAAGGCAUCUGCGCAAACACGCAAGUAUGCGAGUGGGCAUGUCGGCAAGCCUGCAGAUAUGCAAGCCAGUCUUACAGGCCCCGCGGGCAGCCAAUCAUGUCUCGUGCAACGGAAAAGAACACCCUCUUUAUAUCCUAUCAUGCCCCCAAGUAUGUAGUCCUGAACACCAGCGUACGGAGUCCCGCGUUUUCUUUGCCCCGCUUGGGCGUCAUGGCUCGCACACCUUCCGACAAUCCUGCAAUACCAGUUGUGAACGACACGAACGAAACAUCUAGGCAACAACCCGAAAGGACUCAGCGCACAUGUCGCGUUUCCUCUGUUAUCUCCGCCUCAUGAUGAGCUGUUCUGGAAUUACCUCAUCAUGGACGACGGUCUACUGUACCAAGGCCCAAUCGGACAGGAUCCUACAGAAAACAUUCCAGUUAAUUUGCAAUCGGCUAAGCCUGGAAAUGAAGAUUUUAUUGAUGAGACCAAAGCCAGGCCGACGCUUGAGUGCGUUGUACGAGCUGUCCAACGCGACACGCAUCAACGACCGUAUUCAUGCAGGGGAAUUGAGGCGAAGAGCAUGUCUGAAGUGCGACGACAU